AGGCCCAAGACAUCGCUACUGCGGCGACGUGGAUUGCCACCACUAUCUCGAGAUACGGCAACGGUCACGCCACCGUCUCCUCUUCAAUGCUCCGAGGUCCCGACCGCAAGCAAGUGCGUGCGAUACGACUCAUCUGCCAAUGAGCGGGUCAUCGCCAUCUUCUCCACCCGGCUUUACGACCCUGAUGACGCGCUACUACCUUGGCCUACUCGCCAUCACCUGGCUGUUCUUCUGCUCCUCACCCACCACCGCGGGCCAACUUGGGCUCUGCUAUCAGACCAAGGACUGCAAGCCCGCCCCUGAAGCUCCUGGCCUGACCAUCAAGGGCACAGAACUAGGCCCGGCCAGCAACGUGAGCCUCGUGGACACCAAAUACUGCAUGUCAUUCCUCCCUCAGUCGGCCCCUCGCGUAGGGACGAGCGCUUGUCUGGUGAGAAACCAAGCAAGCGUCGAAGCAGUGGUACCAGCUAUAAUCGCGGCUUACCUUGGGCUCUUGUCGCACGCGCGCAGACCAAGAUCUGUGGUGAAUGCUUCGAGCCCUUCGAUCAGGAAUGCAUGCCUGCGCCUACGGAGCGAUGGUUGUGUGUUCAGCAGCAUGCGAAGUAGAGCCUACCUUUGAGGGAAGAUUACAGCGGACAGUGUCGCGCCAAUGUACGACUCCAGAUCAUCAAUGCCACUUUUCGUACGAGUCGCCAUACC